AUGACGUCCAUUCCCCAAAGCGGCACAAUAGAUCACGACGACGACGACGAUAAGAACCAGUCUCUUCACCAACUUGCCCUAAAUUGCGAGGCAUCCAUCAUCUCACAGCUCGUUGAUAUAGGCAGCGAGCGCAAUCAACAAGAUCACGACAAGUUACGCCGCUUCAUGAGCCAGUUUCAGUGCCUCACGCCCAAAGGCACACAACUACACCGCAAGUCCAUCGACGCAGUUGAAUACCGGCGGUACGUCGCGCUGUCCUACACUUGGCAGCCUUCAGAAAACGAAGACGCCGAGUCCGGGCAGUAUUGGGUCAAAGGCUGGGGCGGCGACGGUUUUGCGCCUUCAAAAGUCCGCAACUGCGUCUUUGACCGAGUCCUCGGCUACAUGCGUCACAACAAGGUCCAGUUUCUAUGGAUCGAUGCCCACUGCAUCCCCCAAGACGCGUGCGAUGCAGCGUGCACUCGCCACGCUCGCUGCGCCCAGAAGCGUGAUGCCCUGCAGGCCAUGGACCUCGUCUACCGCUGGAGCGAGCAUCCCGUUGCCAUACUGGGCCGUCCCAUUCGGACCGUAUCCGAGCUGCGCCUCCUGGAUCACAUACUCUCGGGGAAGCUUGUACGAAAUAAUCGCCUCCAGGGGCCGUCGCACAGGACAAGCAAGGCCUUGCGGCUGCUCCAUGAGAUGACCAAGGACGACUGGUGGGGACGCGCCUGGACGUUCCAGGAGAACUAUCGCGCCACGGAGCGAAUGACGCUGCUGAUCCGCCAUGGUCCGCAGCUGGAGAAGUUGAAGCGGCGUUGCGGGGGGUUUGGCACGAUACCGGGCGAGUUGUGCGUGUCGUCGGUCGAUUUCUCCACGCAGGCGACGAUACUGUGCAGGGCGGCGAGGAGCUCAGGAGUCCUCUUGCCGGGUGACGGCGGCCGGAUCGACGAAGUGCUCCGGGCCGCUGGGAGGUAUACCGUCUUGCUGUCCAAGUCGAGCGUAAUGACGCCCAGAGUGAUUGCCGAUAUCGAGGCACGCGGGUUAUCGAAGCCGUGGGACCGGCUCGGUAUCGUCGCCAACUGCUGUCAAUACUCGCUCCGGCUAGAUGGCGACGUUCUUAGAGGGCAAGGCCGCAGUCUAAGUCUGUCGGUGCUGGCCAUGUGUCUCUUGAAUGGCGAGAUCCUCGACAACAACAGCGACACCCUGAGGCCGGUGGCGGGCCUAACGGCAUCAAGCUUCCUCCAAGAGUAUCUGUUUGAUGGAUUUAGUGCUCCCGAGGACGAACCCCGGUAUCUGACAUUUUAUAAGGGCUGCCGAUUGAGCGGCGUGGAGUUGACGGCGGACGGUAUUUCAGCAAAGGGUCAUUUGUGGAAACUCGGGCGCGUCAUUGACACGGCAGAUGUCUUCUCGGUUGACAGAUCCAGGCGCUAUAGGAGUAAUAAGAAGGAAAGGAGAAAUCUCCUCCUGGACCUAAUUGACUACCUCUGCGACCAGGGCCAUAUCACUCUUGCCGACCAUCUUACCCGGCAUCUUGAUGUCGACGCCGAUGCUGGCGAGGGCUACGGCUCCUUUGCUGACAUCCAUCUCCACGGCAUGGCCUCCCAGGUCGUGGCCGCCAUCAAGGCCGGCCAAAAGCUGAUUCUUGGCUGCAUCCGGGAUCCCAAUAAUAAGUACCAGCCGCACCGUGCCGUUUUCGUAUUGCCUCGAGAGGACGACCGGUGUCGGCGGCCAAAGUUUGUCUUCACCUCGGCAUGGCCGCGGCAUCCAGGCUCCGAGACACACGACGCCAACGACCUUGACCGCCAUGUCUCGCUCGGCGUGGACCUCGACGCAUCCCUCGUCGAUGACACGCCGCGCCUCCGCGUGAGCAGCUGGCUGCUCGGCAUGUGCUUCUUCCGCAAGUGCGAAUGCAUUGAUGUUGUCUUUCCAUGGCCACGGGCACUGCAGGCGAGCGGCUAA